AUGUUCGGAUUCGUCAAAAUCGUUGCCAUUGGCCUCGCCAUCGUCAACCUCGCAGCUGGCACUCCCAUUGCCGAGAACACCGACAGCUCCAUUGGCAACUUCAACUCCACCAUCCUCGAGAAGCGCAUGGAGUUCCUCAAGUGCGAGACCACCAUCGGGUCCCCCUUCAGAGACGACGUUGAGGCCGCCGCCACUAUUAUUGAUCGCAGACCCUUCUGCUGCCAGGAUUCUGCCAGCAACUGCAAUGAUCUCAUCACCAAGGAGAAGUCUGCUGCCGUCUCCAUCUGCGCCUCUGCCCAGCUCCCAAACACCUGCCCUCUCUGUGAAGACGUUGCGAAUUACAUUCGCAAGGUCGCCUCAUCCUGUGCCUGGAAAGACCCUGCCGCCAACAACCGCGAGCGCUCUGGAGGCUGGAUCCAGAACACCGGCAAUCGCCCCGAAUACCGCAUCGUCGUCUGGCACAGUCGCCCUUAA